AUGGCACCAAAUAUCAAAGGUCAAGCAAUUGACCGCCCAAAAUUAACAUUCAGAAAUGUGCUUAAAGAUAUCAAAGAAGGAACUGUUGCUCUUGUGGUCAAUCCAAACGCAACCCGUAUAGUAAUCCCGCUCGUGGUUUGUUUGGCAUCCAUCUUGACCAAAGUUAUCAUUGCCAAGAUUCCAUACACAGAAAUCGAUUUUAAGACUUACAUGCAACAAAUUGAACUUAUAAACGAUGGUGAAAUAUUAUAUGAGGACAUUUAUGGAGAUACCGGGCCAAUUGUGUAUCCAGCGGGAUUUGUGCAUAUCUACCAAUGGAUAUAUUGGUUGGCCAACAAUGGUGAGGAUAUUCCUACAGUUCAACAAGCUUUUGGAUACCUUUUCGUCAUAACUUUGAUCCUAGUCAUAGCUUCAUACUCCAUGUGUAAUGACAUACCUCCCUGGUGCUAUUAUUUGUUGCUAUUAAGUAAGAGAUUGUUUUCCAUAUAUGUCUUGCGAUUAUUUAAUGAUUGUUGGACAACAGCAUGCAUGGUUGGAGUGGUUGUGAUCUUGCAACAGGCCUCAUACUGGUACAAAACAAGUGAAUUGGCUAGUUUCUUGCUCUGUUUGGUAGCAGGUGACUUAAAGGUCGCUGGAAAAUCUUUAUACCACCUAAUUAAAGAUGGGUUCAACUACAAAAACACUAUUUCAAAGACAAAUAUGUUUAUAAACCCAAAUAUGGGUCCCCAGUUGAUUUUGCUAGUUAUGAGCACUACCAAUGUUAUAGGUGUCUUGUUCUCCCGCUCAUUACAUUACCAAUUUUUGAGUUGGUAUGCCUGGCAAUUGCCUUUCUUGUUAUUUUCCAUGGGUAUCAAUGUAUACUUUGGAGUCUUGAUAUGGUUUGCUCACGAAUGGUGUUGGAAUGUGUUUCCAUCUACUAAACAGAGCUCCGGUGCUUUGAUUGCUAUUUUAUCGAUUGUUUUGGUUGGAGUCUGGGUUCAAUUUUUGAAAUUCAGUCCUGCAAAAGAAGAGGAUAAAAUCAAAAAGACUCAAUAA